GGAAACCCACAGGGGGGCCACUAUGAAAAAUGCAUAAUCAUGUUCAAUCCAAUGAAAUUUUCAGUUUUCAUUUGUAUCUUUGAGGCAUUUAUUUUCUGGAAAAGACCAAUUCAUUCUACUUCUGGUGAAUUCUAAAGUCUAACCCUCAGAUUGUGAACCCAGAAAUUAUUAUUGGCACCUUGACAAUGGGUGCAUUGCGCUUCAGUACGGUCAGAUUAACCAGAGUCAGAGAUGAGAGAUUAAAAAGCAGAAAAGUUAAUGUAUGAAUUGACAGAAAAAGUGACUGAAAAAGACUAUCAGAAAAUUGUGGAGUGACCUUGGAUUUAUAUCAAGGUGAAUCAGGUGUAGGAUUUCCUUAAUGAGUGAUAACCUCUAUAUUAUUUGAGAUACCAAAGAGUAGAGAUUCCUUCAUGAUUGUGAACCAGAACAUUUUUUCCUAAAAAUUAAGAGACAUGCUACUAAAAUUUGCUUUUCAAUGUUUUUACAUCAUUUCCUUGCAUACCAAAUCCUUGCCUCAACCCUACCUUUCUGGGUGGCCACCAACCCUUCAUUGAAUAACUUAGUCAAGACUAACUGCAAGCAGUUUUCACUGUAUACGGUGAUUUUACAAACUCGUCUGUGUUUGUAGUUCGCCAAUACCGAGUUUGAAUGGGCCAGGAGAAGGAGUGUGCAGCUUGCUACUCUACUUAUGUGUUGACAGCACCUACUGCAGCUUUUCCAGAGAUUAAGCGGUUGGUGAUGGUGGCAGUAUUUCCAAGGGAAGAAUUUGUUCUUUAAAAGCACGAGCUGUCUUGAUUGACAUGGAAGAAGGCGUAGUGAAUGAAAUGCUGCAGGGACCAUUGAGAGAUGUAUUUGAUAGCAAGCAGCUCAUCACCGAUAUUUCUGGCUCAGGGAAUAAUUGGGCUGUUGGUCACAAAGUUUUUGGCAGUCAGUACCAAGAAAAAAUUUUGGAGAAACUCAGAAAAUCAGCAGAGCAGUGUGAUUGCUUGCAGUGUUUCUUUAUAAUACAUUCCAUGGGAGGAGGGACAGGAUCUGGACUUGGCACAUUUCUACUAAAGGUGCUUGAGGAUGAAUUCCCGGAAGUAUACCGAUUUGUGACUUCAGUGUAUCCUUCCAGUGAGGAUGAUGUCAUAACCUCCCCCUAUAACAGCAUCUUGGCAAUGAAGGAACUCAACGAGCACGCAGACUGCGUGUUGCCCAUUGACAACCAAUCAUUAUUUGACAUCAUUAGCAAAAUUGACACCGUGGUGAAAUCCGGAAAACUGGGGAAAACCGUGAAACCUAAGAGCCUGGUUACUUCCAGUGUGGGGGCUUCCAGAAAGCGGCACCAGAAGCCCUUUGACGCGAUGAACAACAUCGUGGCAAACUUGCUUCUCAACCUCACAAGCUCUGCAAGGUUUGAAGGGUCUCUUAACAUGGACCUCAAUGAAAUCAGCAUGAAUUUAGUUCCUUUUCCCCAACUUCAUUAUCUUGUGUCAAGCCUAACACCUCUAUAUACACUGGCAGACGUUAAUGUUCCCCCUCGAAGGUUGGAUCAGAUGUUUUCAGAUGCUUUUAGCAAAGAUCACCAACUAAUUCGGGCUGACCCCAAACAUAAUCUCUACCUCGCCUGUGCCUUAAUGGUUAGAGGAGAUGUACAGAUUUCUGAUCUUCGCAGAAAUAUCGAAAGAUUAAAACCUUCUCUACAAUUUGUUUCCUGGAAUCAAGAAGGCUGGAAGACCAGCCUGUGUUCAGUACCUCCUGUGGGUCAUUCUCAUUCAUUAUUAGCUUUAGCAAAUAACACAUGUGUGAAAACUACCUUUGUGGAACUGAAAGAGAGAUUCACAAGGCUCUACAAGAAAAAGGCUCACCUGCAUCACUACCUACAAGUUGAGGGAAUGGAGGAGGGCUGUUUUUCUGAAGCUGUGUCAUCUUUGUCAGCACUCAUACAAGAGUAUAACCAGCUGGACGCGACGAAGAGCAUGCCUGUGCAAGAAUUACCUAGACUACGCAUAGCUGUGUGAAGACGUGUGUCUUUCUGAAUGUCACGAUUUCUGUCACUUUACCUUUUUCUCUUUCAGCAUUGUUUGUGAUUCAGAAAACCCUGUUUGCGUUUCUCAUAUUAUCAGGAUAUCUGUUUGUUGUCCAAAAGAGUGGUUUCUAAUGAACCACAACUUGAUGAUAGUUGAAAUUAGUGAAGUCCUAGUACCUUAACUUAAAACAUUUUUCUUCAGAAAAAUACCUUAUUCUAAAAUUGUAUUUAUUUAUAAUAUGUACUUUAAUCUUAUGUCUAGAUUUCCUGAUUUUGGUAUAACUGUGAAGGAGGUUUCGUUUCUGAGGCUUUUGGGGGAGGGGGAGUGGUAAUGACAUAUUUGCACUCAAAGAAUCACAAUUUGUAUCUUUAUUUUAAUAUGUAUUUUUAUUAAAUUAUUUUUAAAUAUAGUUGCUUUUUUAUCAAAUCACUUAAUUCUGUAAUAAAUGUUAUUAUUUUAAA